AUGUGUACCCAACUCCACAUUACACUAAAGUCCCUCAAAAGUUCAGCCCAUAACAUCAAACAACUUGAUCAAAUCCUCACCCAAACCAUCACAACUGGUCUCCUCCACACCACCCCCACAUGGAAUUGCAUUCUCAGAGCCUAUUCCAAAAGCCCCAAACCCAUCAAAGCCGUUCUCAUUUACAACCACUCCAUUCAAUCAAACUUUAUCAUCCGUGAUAACUUCACUUUCCCAAGCCUAUUGAAGGCUUGUACAAGCCUAAAUUCAUUUCCUAAAGGAAAGGAAUUGCAUGCUCAUAUCCUAAAAGUAGGACUAGAUUGUGAUGUUUAUGUGCAGAAUUCUCUUAUUCACUUUUAUGGGUCCACUGGCUGUAUUGAUGAUGCUAGGUUUGUGUUUGAUAAAAUGUCUCAGAGAGACAUAACAAGUUGGAAUUCACUUCUGGGUGCCUAUAAUUCCAAUUCUGUAUUGAGGAUUGAAGCAUUGGUUUUGUUUAAAGAAAUGAUCUGUGAUGGCGUUGGAGUUGAUGCAAUCACGUUGGUGAUUAUAUUGUCAGCUCUUGCAGAAGUAAGAUGGGUUGAGUAUGGAAGUGCAGUCCACGGUUACAUGAUAAAAGUUGGGUUUUUUAGUAAAUUGAAUUUGGAGAAUGCACUUCUGGGUAUGUAUGUGAAAUUUGGGAAGAUGAAUGCAGCAAUGAGAUUAUUUGAUGAGAUGAGCGGUAGGAGAGAUGUAGUGUCUUAUACUAUUUUGAUCAAUGGGUAUGUUGACAUGGGUUUUGUUGAUUUCGCUCGUGAUAUUUUUGAUCAGAUGGUUGACAAAGAUGUAGUUUUGUGGAACUCAAUGAUUCAUGGUUAUGUUGAGUCAAAGCGUCCAAGUGAGGCUUUAGAACUUUUCAAGAAAAUGGAGAAUGAGACGGUUAAACCAGAUGAAACCACUCUAGUUAGUGUUCUUGUUGCUUGUGCUAGCUUAUCGAACCUACAAUAUGGUAGACUUGUUCAUCGUUUGAUCCUCAGAAAUGACAUGAGACAUGAUGUUUUCAUCGGGACAGCUCUAAUUGACAUGUACUGUAAGUGUGGAAGUUUGGACGAAGCCAUGGUUACUUUCUACAAAAUGGUGGAUAGGGAUGUUUUUACUUGGACAACUGCGAUUGAAGGACUUGCAAAUUACGGGUGCGUGAAUGAAGCGUUGAAAUUGUUCAAUCAGAUGGAAAAGCAUGGAAUUAAUCCUAAUGAGGUGACAUUUGUUUCUGUGUUAACAGCAUGUAGACAAUUAGGGCUAGUCAAUGAAGGUUGUUUCUUGUUCAAUAAGAUGGUGAAAAUUUACAAUAUUCAACCAAAGGCUGAGCACUUUGGCUGUCUAGUUGAUCUCUUGAGCAGGGCCGGUAUGGUACACCAGGCAGAGGAAUUCAUUAAUACCAUGCCUCCCGGGGAGAGACUCAUAGCUUACAAAACCCUACUUAGUGCCUGCAUUAGUUACUCAAAAAUCAAUCUUGGAUUGGAAGUUGCUGAUGAACUGAUUAGGUUGGGUUCAGAGAAUCUUGCAGUUUGUAUAUUGCUGUCAAACUUAUAUGCACUAGCGGGAAAAUGGUCUAAAGUUGAACAAAUAAGAAGAAAAAUGAAAAAAAUUGGUAUGGUGAAAGAGCCGGGCAUCAGCUCCAUAGAAGUGAAAACCUAA